UCCUUUUCUUUACUUCAUCCCUUUCUCUCCCGCGCACGCCCAUUUUUCCGGCGUCUCCCCCUUCCCGGCGGUCAACGAUAACCAAAAGGCUCCGUCGAUUAACCACUCAGCUCAUACUAAACAUUUGACCUUCACUUGUGUUGUGAUCGUAUGGAGCUGGUUCAUCACUGCCUGUGCGGCCAUGAUCGAGGCUUCUCUGCACAGGCUUGCGCUUCGUGCGGAUCGAUAUCUUUCCCGCCGGCGACUCUGGUCGGGUCUGGCCUGCCGGAUUUUCACGAAGAAGGCUCGAGGGACAGGGAAUUGACGCUUAAUCAGUACUUGCUGAGCUUGAUCACUUCUACGGCAUCUCUUGCUCUUGCAGUCAUCUUCGUAAUUGUUGGGGCUUUACUGGGUGCAGUGUUUGGUGCAUUAGCUGGUUGGGCUGCUAAAAGUGGGGUGUUUCGAGGAGCAGGACUCUGCACCAUUGCUGGGGCAGUACUCUCCUUAGAAGUGCUGGAGGCUUCUCAUGCUUAUUGGUGUUCAGAGUGUUGUGGUUCACAUAGGUCAUCAUCAUCAUCUUUGGUAGAUUUCAUAAAGGAGCUUCUCCAUCAUAGGUUUGUUGAUGGACAAUUCCAGCAGCCAGUGCUGAGACCUUAUGACCAGCAGGGCAUUAUUAACUCAAGCAGUGAUGACUACGGGGGCGAGGUUCCAUUGAGAGGCUUGUCAGGGGAUUCACUUAAAAAUCUUCCUUCUCAUGUGUUGACAAGUGAAGUGAAAGCAGCAGAUACCAUAUGCUGCACAAUAUGUUUGCAGGAUGUGAGAGUAGGGGAGACUGCAAGAAACUUGCCGCGCUGCAAUCACACAUUCCACUUGAGUUGUGUGGACAAGUGGCUGGCAAGACAUGCUUCAUGCCCUGUUUGCCGGAGAGAUGUUUAAUGAUUUAGGAUACGGUUUUGUAGUGAUAUGCCGCUUACAAGAUCUCAAUGAAUAAAACUCCUUAUAAGCCAGGAGAGAAUGGACCGAUGACCUAUCGGUCUGAACCAUUUUUUUAGACAAUAGUUUUUCUUGUUUUUCAUCACGGAGCAACUUAUUAUUAUGAAAGUAUGUAGAAAAUGAUUUUCUGUGUAUUAAUUAUGCAAUGAUAUGUAUAAAAGUACAAAUCCGAGUAGGAAUAAGGAAAUAUAAUUAAACUCAAUCAUUUGAUAUAUAGUA